UGAAAACAUGUCCCGCGUUUAGAAAAGUGCAUCUUAUUUUUACGGUUUCCAAACGUUUUACUGAAUUUUAAAACCUGUCGGCCGUUAGUACGCGACUCCUUCGGAAUGUCCGAAGAACCGCAACCAUCAUCGUCGUGCACCCGAUCGGUCUGUCCGGUGUGCGACAAGCUGUUCCCGAUGUCGGACAUCGAGGCGCACGUUGAUCGUUGUUUGUUUUUGAACGAUUCGACGGCGCCCCAAUCAACGACCAACGGGACGACGGUGGAUGGGAGUGUUGCCACGGCCGGAAGAGAAUCCAAGCGAAGCUUCAGCAUUUUUAACAAAACGUCGCCGAACGUCGGAAGUGCUAAGCGGGCCAGACGAGGAGAGGAUAGGAAUAGUAACGGUGGACAUGUGAACGAGGAGGAUAUCGAACGGACGGUGAUUGAUUUGUCGGACGAAGAGAAGGAAAAAGAGCGGGAACAGAGUAAACGUGAGAAGGCCAAAGCGAAAGCGGCGGAGGAUGAUGGAGGAAGUGUUCCCCUGGCGGAGAAAAUGCGACCGAACGAGCUGGGCGAUUACAUCGGUCAGGAGCAGAUAAUUGGAAAGAAUACGGUUUUGAGGACGCUGUUUGAGAAGAAUACCAUUCCAAGUAUGAUCCUGUGGGGUCCUCCGGGGUGUGGCAAGACGACCUUGGCUCACAUUAUUGCGACCCACUGCAAGAAGCACGAGACCAUGCGAUUCGUUAAAUUGUCCGCCACAAUGAGCGGAGUGAACGACGUUAAGGAAGCAGUCAAAGUGGCCAAAAACGACAUUGCAUUCAAACGGAAGACGAUUAUGUUCAUGGAUGAGAUUCAUCGGUUCAACAAGCUGCAGCAGGACAUCUUCCUGCCGCACGUUGAAAGCGGUACCAUUACGCUGAUCGGGGCCACGACGGAGAAUCCGUCGUUCAGCUUGAACUCGGCCCUGCUGAGCCGCUGUCGGGUGAUUGUGCUGGAGAAGUUGGGCGUGGAAGCGGUGAUGAAGAUUCUGGAGCGGGCGCUUCCGCAGUACAAGACGAUCAUGUUUGAGAACAACAAUAAAGUACCGGACAUCCGGAGUCUGCCGUUCGUUCCACGGAUGAUGAUCAGCGCCGAGAGCAUUCGCUGGCUGGCGGAAAUUUGCGACGGUGAUGCUCGGAUUGCGCUGAACAGUCUUCAGCUGGCGCUGAAUACGGUUGCGGCUCAGCAAGAGGAAGAGAAUUCCGCUUUGAAACGGAUCUCGCUGGAUGAAAUCAAAGAGGGAAUUAAGAAAUCCCACAUGCUGUACGACCGCAAAGGAGACCAGCACUACGAAUUGAUCUCGGCUUUGCAUAAAUCGAUCCGCGCCUCGGACGACAACGCAGCCCUCUACUGGUGCUCCCGGAUGUUGGUCUCCGGAGAGGAUCCACGCUAUCUGGUUCGACGGAUGAUCCGAAUGGCCAGUGAAGACAUCGGCUUGGCCGACACCAACGCCCUGACGGUGGCCACUUCAACCCUGAACGCUGUACAAGCCGUCGGAAUGCCCGAAGCGGACUGCAUCAUUGCGCACUGUGCCGUUUAUCUGGCCCGAGCACCCAAAAGCCGCGAAGUGUACAACGCUUUCAACCGGUGCAAGGCAUCGAUCGCGCAACACAAAGGACCCAUGCCGAGUGUCCCGCUGCAUCUGCGGAACGCCUCGACCAAACUGAUGAAGAGCCUCAACUACGGAGCGGGGUACAACCUGCUACACAAGGACGAAUCCGGACUGCGAUACAUGCCGGAGGAGCUGAAGGAUGAGCAUUACUUUUCCGAAUAACAGUGGAUUUUGUGAUAAUUUUCUUUGAGAACUAUGUUGAAUUUGAAUUAAAAACGUCAUAUUAGUUAAGAAA